GUGAGGUGCCGCGGUCCCGCCGUGGGUGUGUGGGGACAGCAGCCUUUAUCUGAGGAGGGGACGGUACCGAGAUUAGAGCAGAAUCAUCGCAGAUCUCGUCCCAUCCAGAUGGCCGGGGAGGACCAUGGAGAUCCCAAUGGACCUGUCACCUGGACAGUGGGAGCAGGAUUGGCACUGUUUGGUGUCCCGGGGAGCAUUGCUGCGCUGGGGUUCACCAAGGCCGGCAUCCUCGCCGGCUCCAUCGCUGCCAAGAUGAUGUCGGCAGCUGCCAUCGCCAACGGCGGCGGAGUGGCUGUGCUGCAGUCCAUCGGAACUGCAGGUCUCUCUCUUGCUGCCAAAAUUGGGCUGACAGCUGCCCUGGGCUCAGCUGGUGCAGCAACUGGUGCCCAGCUAACUGAGUGAAAGAAACCUCCAAGUGGCUAACCUAAAAAAGGAUAAGAACGCAAGUGACAAACCUAAGAAAAAGUAACUUGAGUGACAAACAUGAG